GGGAAGGUCGUUCUUGAGGGAAGGGGGAGGUCGCCGCGAUUGGUGGCUGGGCGAUCAGCUGCUGCCGGCGCUGCGGAACGGGCGUAUCCCGUGGGCUGCUGCUCUCGCUUGCCCGAGGUUGCGCUUUCUUCCCCGAAGGGCAAUUCCGUCGAGGGAGGGGAGCCUUCCGGAUCAGGGAUUUCUUUUUCUUUCCAUUUACUCCGUGGCCUCCAGUCUUUGGCCGGAGCUGACCUCUGCGCUUGGCCAAAAGAUUCUUUCCCUCCUCGGAGCAAUUACUAUUUGGAUUAUUGAAGAUUUAAGAUGGAUUUCUCUAAACUCCCCAAAAUCCGUGAUGAAGAUAGAGAAAACAUAUUUGGCUAUGUCUAUGGAGUCUCAGGGCCUGUGGUCACUGCUUGCAACAUGGCAGGAGCUGCUAUGUAUGAACUGGUACGAGUUGGCAAUAGUGAACUUGUAGGAGAGAUUAUCCGUUUGGAGGGUGACAUGGCUACUAUCCAGGUGUAUGAAGAAACCUCUGGUGUUUCAGUUGGAGAUCCUGUGCUUCGCACUGGCAAACCACUUUCUGUGGAACUUGGACCGGGAAUCAUGGGAGCCAUUUUUGAUGGUAUCCAAAGACCUUUGUCAGACAUUAGUAGUCGGACUCAAAGUAUAUACAUUCCCAGAGGAGUAAAUGUGACAGCUUUGAGUAGAGAUAUCAAAUGGGACUUCAUUCCUAUAAAAAACCUGCGAGUUGGUAGCCACAUUACAGGUGGAGAUAUCUAUGGCCUAGUGAAUGAGAAUUCCCUUAUCAAGCACAAAAUCAUGUUGCCUCCACGAAAUAGAGGUACAAUAACGUACAUUGCUCCACCUGGAAAUUAUGAUGCGUCUGAUGUUGUGUUGGAGCUGGAGUUUGAGGAUGUGAAGGAGAAAUUUUCAAUGGUCCAGGUCUGGCCUGUACGUCAGGUCCGUCCUGUUACAGAAAAGUUACCUGCAAAUCAUCCUCUUUUAACUGGUCAAAGAGUCCUUGAUGCAUUGUUUCCGUGUGUUCAAGGAGGUACUACUGCUAUUCCUGGGGCAUUUGGUUGUGGAAAGACGGUUAUUUCCCAAUCCCUUUCCAAAUAUUCCAAUAGUGAUGUUAUUAUCUAUGUAGGCUGUGGUGAGCGGGGAAAUGAAAUGUCAGAAGUGCUCAGAGAUUUUCCAGAGCUGACUAUGGAAGUUGAUGGUAAGGUAGAAAGCAUAAUGAAGAGAACUGCUUUAGUAGCAAACACUUCCAAUAUGCCUGUUGCUGCCAGAGAAGCCUCUAUCUACACUGGAAUUACCUUGUCUGAAUACUUUCGUGACAUGGGCUAUCAUAUCAGUAUGAUGGCUGACUCAACUUCCCGAUGGGCAGAGGCACUUCGAGAAAUUUCGGGACGGUUGGCUGAAAUGCCUGCUGAUAGUGGUUAUCCAGCGUACCUUGGUGCUCGCCUAGCUUCUUUCUAUGAGCGGGCUGGUAGAGUAAAGUGUCUGGGGAAUCCAGAGAGAGAAGGAAGCGUUAGCAUAGUUGGAGCUGUAUCUCCUCCUGGUGGUGACUUUUCUGACCCAGUUACUUCUGCUACUCUGGGUAUUGUUCAGGUAUUCUGGGGCUUGGAUAAGAAGCUUGCUCAACGUAAACAUUUUCCAUCUGUGAAUUGGCUCAUUAGCUACAGCAAAUACACACGUGCUUUGGAUGAAUACUACGACAAGCAUUUCCCCGAGUUUGUUCCCUUGAGAACUAAAGCAAAAGAGAUAUUGCAGGAAGAGGAGGAUCUUGCAGAGAUUGUACAGUUGGUGGGGAAGGCUUCUUUGGCAGAAACCGACAAAAUUACGUUGGAAGUUGCCAAGCUCAUUAAAGAUGAUUUCUUGCAACAGAAUGGCUAUACCCCAUAUGACCGGUUCUGCCCAUUUUAUAAGACAGUGGGAAUGCUGUCUAACAUGAUUGCAUUUUAUGAUAUGGCACGCCGAGCAGUUGAGACUACUGCCCAAAGUGACAAUAAGAUUACAUGGUCCAUUAUCAAAGAGAACAUGAGUGAAAUACUUUACCGACUUACCUCUAUGAAAUUCAAGGACCCAGUGAAAGAUGGAGAAGCAAAGAUCAAAGCAGACUUCGCCCAACUGUUUGAAGACAUGCAGAAUGCAUUCCGCAGUUUGGAGGACUAGAAAUUCCCAUUUCAGUGUUUCUCAUUUCAAUCUUCUCUUUCUCUAGUAGAAGAUGUAUAUUGUGAUGACUUAUAACUGGAAAAACAUUCCUAUUUAGUUUGACAGUUGCGUGCGUGUUUGUGCAAAUGUAAAGCAGACUUUGUUAAAGUCCCAGUAAGGCUUCACCAGAUUUAAUCCUUCAACUGUUUCUCUCUUUGGAAGAGAAUUAUGGUUGUCGAAGUAUAGAUUUCUUCAGGGCGGAAAAAGGCAGUUGAAUCAGUUUUCUACUGCAUGUGGUCAUGCAUGAUGCUUCAAAGGUAGUUUUGCUUAAUCUUUAAUGCUGCUGUUGUGUCUAUAUUCAGUAGAGUGGAUCAGAAUUAUAGAUCAAAAUAUUUUGGUAAAAAAGCUCUUCCCCAUUCUUCUUAAUGUGAUGAAAAAUCUUCAGGAUUAGAACUGAUGGGCAAAAAUUAUUCCCAACAGCAGUCUAAAGUCAGUCAUUAUUUGAGGAAUUGUAUGCCUUUUGAAUGUACAUGCAACUUGUUAAAUUAUUUUUCUAUGCUUUUUAUGCUUGGAAAAGAUCAACCCUUCUUUUAUUUCUGGAUAUAUUUGCUAUUUAGAAUUGAAUGUAUCCUUGUUUGAGCAAAUGUAACACUAUAAACUUUGUCUCUCAAUGAUCAAGAUAAAAAUGAAAAACCGUGGAAUAGUUGUACAAAAGUUUUUAAAUUUGCUGAAGAAGAGAAUGUUACAAUCCCAAACUUUAAUUUUAAAAAAGCUGCUAAUCCUUUCUCUUUGCAAAGAUCACUGUGUCUAGUGUUUUCUUAUAGCAUGUUAACAGCAGGCAUUGUAUGAUUAUCAUACAUAAUUACAAUUUAAAUAAUGUGAAAGAUCAUCUUAAAAGUUGAACCUCCUAACACCAUUGUGACAUUGCUGCAAAAUAGACCAUCCUAGCCAACAUUUGUGUAAAUCCUCUCUGGAAUUCCAUUUCCUUGCACAUUUGUAAAUGUAUUAUAAUAGGAAAUAUGGUUAUAAAUAUGAUACAAUGAAAACUGGAAACAAGGUUGCUAAAUAAGGUUGUAAUAACAUUAUUUCUUCUUCCUGACCACUUUAAUUGUAGAAGUAAUGGCCCUUCUGUUUCUGGUGUGGCACUCAAUUAAUAUUGGUUUUAAGCUUACCAGAAAAGUGCUUUUUCCUCAUUUAGGCAAUGCCAGCUAAAUUUACUAAUUGCAUUUUCAAUUCUUUUGAGUUCUAUAUUAAGAAAGCUAAUUUCAUUUAUGCUGUGUUUACAGAACACGAUAUAUGAAAAGCAAUUUUGCUUCUUUUGCUAAAAUCCUUUUUGGCUAUAUUAUGUUGUAGCAUUCUAUGCCUAGGAAAUUGAUUAACCACUAUAAUUUUACAUACAAUGUAUUAUGCUACUUUGUUCCAUGUCUCUCCCUCACUGUACAAUUUAUUUUUGGAUAAAAAUAAAAUUCUCUUUGUGUCAGUGUUAGAAAA